UCUUCUUUCAUUCGACUGCCUCUGUUUCACGGCAAACCUUUCAAUUCUUUUCGUUUUUGCAACAGACCAUCGCCCCUUUUUCUUGAAACUUUGUUGAUUGGUUGAUUUCGCUCAACCCUUCCAUGACGAUCAUUCGCGAAGAAAACGCUGAUGCUUCGGCAGCAAGUUUGCCUCAAGCCGCAGCAUCGCCACGUGCCGCUUCAAGUACAAGAUCUGCUUCAUCCGCUUCAAGUACCAGUGGCGCAUCAUCGCCACUCGCGACUUCGAGUGCAAGUGCUGCUUCAUCCGCUUCUACCAGUCGAGCUCCUGCGGCCGCUUCAGCGCUGGCCUCGGAUUCAAGAGAUCCACUUGAACGCUGCACAUUGACCCGAUUUGGUCCAAGCAAGGCCUUGCUGAGCAUCCAGUUCCCUGUCAACACGAUCGGGGCUCCCAAGGUGCAAUCCAAGUGCAUCAUUGUGAUUGACAAGUCCGGUUCCAUGUCCGGCUCGCCCAUCAAGGCUGUCGCGUCCGUUCUCGCUUAUGUUGCCAAGCAGGGCGCCGAUCCCACAGUCAUCACGUUUGACACUCGCGCGGAGACCAGCACCCUAUCCAACGUGCUGCCCAACCUCCAAGCGGGCGGUGGCACGAGCUUUUGCGCCGCUCUGAACGCCAUUUCGAACGCCUGCAUGCCACACAAGGGAACCAUCUCGGUGGUGUUCAUGACGGAUGGCCAGGACACCGACAUGAGCUCCCUUCCUGCUGCCAAGGCCAACUUCCAGCGCAUGGUCAAGUCUUCCCCGGAUCGAUCCGUCGUUGUCUCGACAGUGGGAUUCGGUGGUGAAGCCAACCUUGCUUUCUUGCGAGAGCUCUCCGAGAUUGGCACUGCUCCGGGCUACGCCCGCUUUGCCGAGACUGGCGACAACUCGGCGGCCCUGUACGAGAAGCUGGUUGAUCUCUUCGAUGUCAUGGGCAAUCUCACUGGCAUCACGCUCAGUGCGCCUGGACCCAUCGAUGGCCUCAAGACGGCUGCUGGCGUGACCUUGCAAAAGGUGCUCGUGCGCGACCAGAGCGGCUCGGUGGAGACUUUGGAAAACGAGGUCAGCGUUGCCACCUGCGACCUUUGGUUGACUCGGGAGCAGCUGGUUGGCUUGGCGGGAGAAGAGCCAAGCCAGGACGCCUCCGCUGCUGCUGUGCCCAACUUGACCAUCAUGACCGAGGCCGGUAUGAACAUUACCUUGCCAGUGAUCGAGACCACCCCGACCUCGGCGGCCCGUCUGCGUGAGUUGGAAACGCGCAUGCCGACGUCGCUCGAUGAGGUCAAGUCGAUCGUCGCAGAACUCGGCGGCGUGGACAUCUUUUCCCGCCGCUUCACCAUGGUCGAGCGCGGAGAGCUACUCGCUCAGCGGCAGCUUGUGAUGGAGCGUCUGACCGAGUACUCGCGUGUGCUGGCCGAAAAGUGCAUUAGCGAACAGGUGCGAGAUGCAAAGCUGCGCGAUCUCAACCACGACUUUCGCUUUUCCAAGGCCCGACGCCAGCGCAAGAUGCACGAGCGUGCAAGUCUCAAUGCAGGCCGCGCAGAGGGCAUCUCAUCGGGCGUGAACAAGCUGGCGUUUGAUCCGGAUCAGGACUUGGCGGGCGUCGACCUCGAGAACUUUGUGUGCGAUGUCAGUCAGCUCGAUUUGAGAGAAGUCAUGACCGACAGUCCCGAUGACGUCCUUGGAUUUGGUCUGCGUGUUGCGCGCCAAGAGUACGUGAUUGACGCACCUUCGACGAUUGCCGUGGACGGGAUUUCGAGCACGCUGCUGAGUCGCUCCUCCUUUGAGCAGGCCGUGCUGUACGCUGUCGAGCAGCACGGGCUUGAGCAGGCCCAAGGAAACUUUGCCGGCAAUGGCGGCUGCGCUCUUGUCGGACGGGCACGCGAGCCCAUCAACGCAUUCCUGCCCUUGUACAUUUGCCCGGCGCACGCGGAGCGUGUUAUUGCCGUGAUUGAACCACUCCUCGGCUACAUGUUCACCCUGUCUCCAUUUGGCUACGACCGCAACCAACGCGCUGGCCUGUUUGCCGUGCUCGGUGGUAUCUUGCACCGGCUGCCAUCCCCGAUGAACGAUCGAGCGCGCCUCAUUCUCAACGAGUUUGCCCGUCUGUGCGCUACUGUUGCCACGCUGCGAGACACCAUGCACGUCAUCCCGCUGGACUAUGUCCAGCAGUUUUCGACCAACUAUACCAUGCGGACCAAGGCAGAGACUGCCAACUUGCUAACUGUGAUUGGCCACGCCUUUGCUACCACCAUGGACUCUGCCCCAGAGGACAAGGCAAGGGUGUUUGCUGAGCUGCUUCCUGCCUUCUACGAGGAGGCCAUGCAUCGCAAGAUGAUGCACGCCUACGCGGGCGAUCGCGACGCUGCUCUCGAGCGCGUGAUGCAGCUUGUGCUUGCUCCAGCAUCCGAGCGCAAUGCGCUCGCCGAAAGUUCCUCUGCCGGUCCGGCAGACGACGACGAGGAUGCCAAGUUUGCCUCAUACUUUAGAGCUCUGACAACUGCCCGUGCCAGCGUUCCAACCAUCGCGCCAGUCAUUGGCAUCGAGGAGGAGCAGUUUGUGCCUCGCGGUGUGGCCACCCUCGAGCAGGCGAACGAGGCUCUCGACUGGAUCUUGCACGAGUUUGAGCCCGCCUUUGUUACCGAUGUUUACCGCAAGCUCGGCAUGCCCAGCGAGUUGGAGCGCCAGGUGAAGCGCGCCGCUGCGGUGCAGUCGCUGCGCUUUGUCAGCUCGUCGUCAGUUCGCUCUGCAACCGAACGAGUGUACAACGUGAUGACGCAGCAUGAUUCCAUUAUCGCGGACGCCGCCAAGCAUUGCAACCUGGUUUUGAGCCAGCGGCACCAGGCGAACGCCGGGAACGCCGGGAACGCGCAGAUUGUUGCCAACAUUGUCGACACGUACGACAUGGACGCGUUUGCAGGCAAGAUGCGCGUCUACUGCCCUGCACGAACGAAUGCAAUCUUUGACGCUGUGCUUGCCGGACUGCUUCGUACGCGCCAUGCUGCAGCGCUUGAGGCACUGCUGCGCAACGAGGUGGAUGGUCGCGAACUGUAUGCCAUUUCGUACGUGUUUAGCCCCUCUGCUCGCGUCAUUCAAGGCAUGCGCCUUGUUCUCGGGAGCAGCUUGGUUGACCACAUUGAGGCAAAGUUCAAGGGCACUCGUAGCGUUGGCCAUCUGUACCGCGAGUCCGAUUUGCCCAACCGUCACGGCCAUUGCAACUCCAACCCCUGGUUGCUGCUCAGCCACACCUUCACAGGCUACGAGUGCAUGCGAAGCGAGGAGCCUUUGCUGAACUAGAGUUAAUGAUGGCGGGUUUUCAAAGGUGAGCGUGAUGAUUGGGGGGGGGGGAAAUUUCAGUGUUUGCAACAAUUUCGUGUGUGAAUGUCAAAGUUUUGUUCUUCCAAAAAAUACACGUGUUGAUCCUGG